AAUGGAACGGAGCGUAGCGGUUUUUGGUUUGCGUGUUGAAUUUGUGUUGAAUGGCGGAAACGAACACAAUAAGAAUGCAACAAUUAUCGCAGCGCGUCGGCAAGCACAGAAGCGACAGACGGGUUUCCUAACUCGGCCUGUCUUGGGUAUCUAUUUAGGGAAAUAUGAAUGGAAGAGGAACCGGUCUAGAAUUGCAACGUCUCACGGUUCUGGCUCACCAUCUGACGGUCGUUUUCAAACGUCACGCACGUUUGAUGACUGCAUGACCAUCGCUUGA